AAAUACGCGAAGCUUAAAUUUAUUCAUUUUAAGACGGAGACCGUAGUAAUUAUAAAUCGCCUUGUCGCUGCCACUGCGCGCGUACGCAACGCAACUGCCCUUCUCGUUCUAUCAUCUUCUUCCUCGGGAUUGCUCCCCCACCUCGAUCCAUCGUCUGCGCCGCAACUCCACCUCUGCUCCCCCUGUCUAAGCUCAAAAUGCCACCUCCUCCAUCUUCCCUUGUCGUCCUCCACUACUUAUACCGGCGGCCCCUCCACCUCCCGCCCUAGCCUCUCUGCCUCGGCUACUACUUCAUCAUGCAGCAUUCACCUGCCAUGGAGACGAGGGACCUCCGCGCCAAGGACCACGCGUGCUCCGCCGCCGAGACGUCGUCGUCCUCGGUCGCCGCGGCAUCCAGGAUCAUCGUGCAGUGGGCGGCGCGCCACCGCCAGCAGCUGCCGCUGCCGUGCGACCGGAUGGUGGUGGACCGCCGCGACCGCGACUCCGAGCUGCUCGCGCUCGCCCGCCUCCACGCCGUCUCCAUGCUCGACGCCUCCUUCCUCCGCGCGCACGACGCCGGCGCCCGCCGCGCGGCGCGGUCGCCCGAGCGCGCGCUCGUGCGGAGGAUCGCGCGGGAGUGGACGGCGUCGUCCACGCGCGCCGCCCAGGGGGAUCGGCGCGGCGAGGAGCUGCUCGGCGAGACGGAGCGGGAGCGGGUGCGCGCCGUGCGGGAGCGCGUCCGCAUGGCCAGCCAGGGGGCCGCGCACACGCCCAGGCUGCGUGGCCGCAGCCGGCAGGACGUGGUGGCGCGCAUGGCCAUGGAGCGGCAGCGCGAGCUGCAGGGCCUCUCCGACCACCGCGCCGUCUCCACCUUCGCUCACCGCGGACGCAUUCAGUCUUUUCUACGAGGUAGAUUCUUCCAUAUUGGAAGGUCUGUGCAUGAUGAGAGACCACUUUCUAUGGCUGCCAGAGAAUUAGGACAGCUUAGACAGAGUCAUCCAGUCUCUAGAUUGAGGGAAGAAGUUCGCUCAAGAACAGAUGUUGCCACAAAUGGCCGGGCAACAAACCAUAAUGGACCCAUAGAUACUCGAAGCAGUUCCGUCAGUGAUCAACAAGGCACUAUUGCAGAUUUGGUUUUACGCGGUAAUGAUCAUCACCAAGAGAAUGCUACCCACAAUGAAUUCCAGACACUUCAAUCAAUUGAAGAUGAAUCCAUAGAUAUCCAAAGCAGUAUACCGACUAGUAGUUAUGUUGGGCAAAAUGACUUUGAUGAAGAACAGCUUCACCGGUAUGAAGAAUAUUCAGAUUCAGGGUCCUCAGAAGAGGCUAGUGAGCAAUCUGAUUCUUCCUCUUCUAGUCCAUCUGACAACAGCGCUCAACAAGAAGCUGAAACUUACGAGCAACAGACUGAUCUGCAAUGGUCAAGGGAGACAUCUAGCAAUGAGGAUGCAGAAGACAGUACCUUCCUACACAGAGAUGCCGAAUGGCAUGCUAUGAAUUCUCAAGAAUCUGAACCACAAUGGGGGUCAAAUCGAAGUUUUUCUUCCAACCGAAAUAUUAACAGGUUCAGUCCACCAGAUGAUGAUGUGUAUGGAGUGGAGCUCAGAGAACUCCUAAGCAGGCGUAGCGUCUCUAAUCUUCUUAGCAGUGGCUUUCGAGAAAGUCUGGACCAGCUGAUACAAUCUUAUGUUCGAAGACAAGAACUUGAUGAUCCUCUUGAUUGGGAUUAUGAAAGGCAGGAAACGACCACUGGUUUACUCAGCGGUCAUCGUGCUGAAGGCAGCAUUGAUGAAGCAGCACAUCGGCAGGAUGUUUCUGACGCCACAAACCAGCCUUCUAUUCCACCACAGCAACGACAUUGGCAGAUCGAAUUGCCUCACCAUAACUGGAGUCGACAAGCCAUGCGUCACUCUGAAUUUGACUUGGAUGCCAUCCAUGUUCUGCGAGAUGACCUGACUGCACUGCAGCGAGGGAUGACCAGCAUGCAGCAGAUGCUAGAAGCAUGCAUGGAAAUGCAGAUGGAGUUGCAGCGCUCCAUCAAACAGGAAGUUUCUGCUGCUCUGAACCGCUCACUAGCCGUUCCUGCAGAUGAAGGGAUGUUGGAGGAUGGAUCAGAGUGGAAGCAAGCAAGGAAAGGAACAUGCUGCAUCUGCUGUGACAGGCAAAUCGACUCACUACUUUACAGGUGUGGGCAUAUGUGCACCUGCUCAAAGUGCGCGAGCGAGCUGCUUCGCGGGGUCGGCAAGUGCCCACUGUGCCGUGCGCCCAUCGUCGAGGUAGUUCGAGCUUACUGCAUAAUGUGACAGUCAGUUACUGCAGGCCUAAUGUAGAAGAAGAUGAGUAGCUUGUCGGACUGAAGACUUUCAGUUUUGGAUGCCGGAGUUGUACCUCACAUUAGGGGUUUAAUUUGGAUGCUAGUA